UUUGAUCCUUGUUUGUCAGCUCAAGUUGCGGAUACUCAUAGAUAAUUAUUUGAUAUUGAAUGAAUGCGAGCUGAUUCCGUUCAUAUUUGCUCAAAGUCUGAUCAGUUUGUUUCCUUAUUUGCUGUUUGUGUUUGGAUUCUUACGAGUUUAAUUAUGUAUUGUUGUUCACGAAUCACGAAAGAUACAACAAUCUGAAAAAUCCGUUUGAAUUCAAUCACAUUUGUUACUUGGAGAUACGGAAUUUCAUUGGCUGUUUGGGAUUUGGUUGAGUGCGAGCCGAAUCUGUUCAGAUUUGGCUGAAAGUUUGAUCCGUUGGUUUAGUUGUUUGCUCUCUGUUAUACAAUCUGUUUUUGGAUUUGUGCGAAUUUGAUCAUGUAUGGUGAUGGUGGCUCGUCGGAUGCGAUUGCGAGAGAUAUGAAUUCUCUGCUGCAUUCAUCUACGUUUAAGCAUCGAUCCGAAGGUGAGUUUGCGAAGAUCAAGGAGUUGAUUUCUUCAGAUUCGUAUUCCAACUACAAUGAUCAUGAGCAUAAUCACAAUCACAAUCACAAUCUCAGUCGGAAUCAGAACCAAAAUCAGAAUCAUCAGCGACAUGACCUCGGCGGACAAAAUGAAAGCUCAUUAAUGCGCUACCGCUCUGCUCCAAGCUCCUUUUAUGCGAAUCUACUCGACGAAAGUGGAUGCGAUGAUUUUCUCGCUCCUGUAGACACCUCGUCAAACCACGAGCCAGAGGAAAGGUUUUUCUCCAGUAAUCAGCAGCAACAACAGAAAUUCAGAUCGGAUUCCCAUGAAUUUUUACAGUAUGCAUCAACAUCAGCAUCUAUGAAGCUAGAAACAAAAGAAGCAGGGAUUCAGAAGUUGGAUCUCCCGCCGGUGUCUACGGCCAUGUACGGUGGUAGUUCACAGCAAGCACCACAUUUCUCACCAUGCAACGGUGAUGGUAACUACACUAAUCAUAACAAUUUGGGGAGUUCGUCAACAUUUAGAACGAUGAAUUCAACAAGCACGAAUCUCAUUAGACAGAGUAGCUCUCCGGCUGGACUUUUGUCCUCCUUGAACGCUGAAACUGGUAGGAGAGACGUGGAUAAAGGCAAUCCGUCAAGCGGGUUGAAUAAUAAUCAUAUCAGUUUCUCAUCACAGCCAUCUUUAUCUCCAAUGUACUUGCCUCAAAUUGUUGAAAACACGAAUGAAAUGAACGAUUCCCCAUAUAGGAGCUUGAAAAGGACAAGAGACGGUGAUUCAAAGAUGUUCCAUAGCUCUAUAACGAUGGACACAGAGAGUGGAGCAUCUGGACAUUAUACUCCAAGUUUAAUUCACCAUACAAGCUUGCCAAAAACUUCUUCAGAAAAGGCAGUUGUCGAAAAGUUCUUGCGAUUUCAACAAGACUCGAUUCCUUGCAAGACACGUGCAAAAAGAGGAUGUGCGACGCACCCGCGGAGCAUUGCCGAAAGGGUUAGAAGAACCCGAAUAAGUGAUAGAAUGAAAAAGCUACAAGAGCUUUUCCCUACCAUGGACAAGCAAACAAGCACAGCAGACAUGUUAGAUUUGGCUGUUCAAUACAUUAAAGAUCUCCAAAAGGAUUUGCAGACCCUCAACAAUGCUCGAGCAAGGUGCACAUGUUCAAGCAAAUAAUUACAAAUAGGUUCGACCACAUAACUUGCUUUCAGUUAAGCUUUAGCAUUGAAGAACAUGAAAAGAUCCACAGGCCGGUGUGUAGCAAACCGUAUGUAUAUUCAUCCAUUUUAAACUUAAUUCAUUUAUAUAUGUCAUUUAAUACUCUAGAUUUUCCUUAUGUUAUCUUUGAUGUCAUAAUAAGUGAAAAUAUAAUUAGGGUCCCGUAUAGGAUGAAAAUUAAGAUGGGACCCUUAUAAUAAGGUAUGUGAUCGAUGUAAACAAAUAAUAUCUUUUUUAUAGACGAUUGAUAUAGUUUAGGUUUAUUAGAUCACACAUUCUACUUUGAGUUUGAGGAUUAUGGACAAUCCCGGUCAUCCAAGGUUGGACCGAUGUGAUUAGUUUUGUAAACACAUGAAUG